CAGUUGAACAAAACUACAGAAGAAGAGAAAGACUCUCCGUUACGUCAUUUCCUUACUGCGGCCUUCUCUUCCUGCACACCGCCAUCAUGGGUCGUAUGCACGCUCCUGGAAAGGGCUUGUCCCAGUCGGCGCUUCCCUACCGACGCAGUGUGCCAACGUGGCUGAAACUGACUUCUGAAGAUGUCAAAGAGCAGAUCUUCAAGCUGGCCAAGAAGGGGCUCACCCCCUCCCAGAUUGGUGUGAUCCUGAGGGACUCUCACGGCGUGGCCCAGGUGCGCUUCGUGGCGGGAAAUAAAAUCCUGCGCAUCCUGAAGUCCAAGGGCCUGGCCCCUGACCUCCCGGAGGACCUGUACCACCUGAUCAAGAAGGCCGUCGCCGUGAGGAAGCACCUGGAGAGGAACAGGAAGGACAAAGAUGCCAAAUUCCGUCUGAUUCUCACCGAGAGCAGAAUCCACAGACUGGCCCGUUACUACAAGACCAGGAGAGUGCUGCCCCCCAACUGGAAAUACGAAUCCUCCACAGCAUCUGCUCUGGUGGCAUAAAUACCAGGAAAAAUUAAGAAAAUAAAACUGCUUUUGGACGAAAGCUCUGCUUUGUGUGCUGGACUGUUGGGCGGUUCAGAAGGAGACAGACUGUGUGACAGGUUUUUACUGUAAAAUGUCUGAACUAUAAUAAAUGGCACAUUGAGUAGAAA